CAAAUUAAGUGAUAAUCAAUCUCAAUAUAUUUGGUCUAUUCAUGAAAACUAUCAUUAUGGACAAUCUGAAUACUACUUUUGUUGUCACAGUAUACAGGAGUAGCAGAUGAGAGAGACACAUCUUGCAAUAGUCAUCACAACAAAAGAAGCUAGCUCUGGAAUGGUGUCAACUAGAGCACAAUAUUCUGCCACAAUGCUAGAUCGAACAACAAUGGUGCAUGGACUUCCAGUUGAAUAUCUAAACCAUGGGGAAGCAGAAUCUCUAGUGCCAGUUUGGUUGAAAGCUAUUGCUGGUGCAGCCUCAGACUAUCUUGAGAGCAAAAGCUGUGAUGGGGGAAGAAGUAGUUAUGGGCACAUGCAAGGGAAAGGGGGAAGAGUUCUAAAGCGCCUAGUCCGCGAGUUUGCCGAUAGUCACCGUAAUGUCCCAAAUUUGACUUGACUGCAGCAAAACAAUUCUGUUAUGUUGUAUAGAGCUGAUCCAGUCAGCUUCAAGAGCUAACCGAGCCUUCUUCCAGUGGCUGACAGCACCUGUAACAUUUGUAAAUUGAUUGCUUGCUCUAAAGGUUGGUCAAUUAAUCUUGGAUUGAGAUUCCCGGCAAUCUCUCAAAAAUUGCCCAGCCACAAUUUCUCCAAUCUAAGCCGUCCAUUUAAAUCCAUUUAAAAUAACGGCUAUUAAGACGCCACCUCAUCUAUCCGCGUCAAACCUCAGAAAAAACAUCUUCUUCCUCUUCAAAUACGGUCUGCGUCUCGCUCUCUCUCUCUCUCUCUCUCUCUCAUUCUUCUCCUCCUGAUUCCUUUCUUUUUUUCUUACCCAUUCUCCUUUCUCCUUUGUCCUUUCUCCUAAGUCCUGACCCAUUCUUCAUUUUCCUUUCUCCAGAAAAAAUCACUUGAUGCGAUGGAGGUAAGGUUUUAGGCAAAAUUUUUUGGGAUGAUACCUAUACCUUUGCCGGAAAAAGUCGUCUGAUACCUGUACCUUUGCCCGGCGAUUUCCUCAACCUCCUGGGAUCGCGAUUUUCGCGAGGCUCCGGAGCCCCCAGUUCCAGAUCUGGACUCGCCUGGAGCGGUGUGAGUGGUGGACAUGAAGCGGCUAGAUCUGGACUCACCUGGACGUUCUUCCCCCCUCCAACUCGACCUAUAUUUUUUUUGUUGAUUUUUGUUUUGGAGGUAGUUCAUGGGUUGUUUGUCUGAUUUGUGGGUUGUUCUGGGUUUGCUUUUCUCCCAUACCCUUUGUUUGGUUACCGAGAAAGUGGAAGGAAACCAGAAGAUUUAAAAUUGCUUCUCUCUGUU